CAGCCUUCCUCUGCUCAUUAGAUGAGUCAACAGAACGGGACAGCACAUCCAGACAGAGCAGAGCAAACCGCCUGCAUGUGUCCUCAGCAAGAAAGAUUUCAGACAUCGUUGGAACUCCACAACUACAUCCAGGAUUUGAUCAUUGCGACCUUGUUAUAGCUAUUGUAGGCGAAGUAUAAAAGUUGAGUCAGACUCAAUUGAGAGCAGAGGAUCAGCUAUUGUAAAGACAGGAAACAGAAACGUGUCAACAUAAUGACUGAUAAGAUUGCGGUGCAGGAGGUGAGAUACUGUCUGAGGACUCUCAGAGAGCAAAUGGCAGAAAGACAAAACAACAAUAACAUGAUUUCAAUAAAUGCCUCAGGAGUUCAGGCGGAUGUCCCUGGGCAUGAUCUUUACUACAUAACCCAGACGCAGCACUCUUGCAGGCGGAUACCAGGAGCCAAGGUGAUGGAAAGGGAGAAGAAGAUGACAGAGAUGCAGAUGCACAUGGACAGCCUGAAGCUGGAAAAUGCCACAUUAAAAGAAAAAUUGUCAGCAAAUGAGGCUGAACUUGAGAAGCAGCAAAACAAGAUUGACUUAUAUGAAGAGCUGAAAAAGCAGUUGGUAAAUCAGAUACAUAAAAACAGUUCCUUAGAUGACAUGCUCAAAAGUCAACAAAGGAAACUCAGAAACAUGAUCGAACAGGUACAAAAUGCACGAACUGUAAUUGACAAAAAAAACACUCAGGUCAACGAUCUGGAAGAGAAAGUGGCUUUCCUGGAGGCUGAGAGAAACGAGCUGUACGACCGCCUCGGCUUCCAAAACAAACGAGAACAACAAACAAACAACCCAGACAAGGGGUCUUUGAGCCCAGGAAAAAAGCCUCUGCCAUUCAUGCUGGCCAGGAUCAAGAAAUGAAUAACAGAUGAAGAUUUCUGGAGGAAGAGAGAGAGAGACUGAGUAAGAGACACUGCAGGAGAAAUAAAAAGCUUCUCUCCUCAUCCUUCAGUUCAGCACAUGAGUAGCACAUCAGGUUUAUUAUGUAUAUAAGAAAUAUCAUUCUCUGUAUAAAGCACUUUUCUUUCUCUCUUCAUUGAUCUGUCACAAAUCUUUUUUUUUCUUAAAGGGACAGUUCACCCAGAAAUGAAAAUUCUGUCAUUAUUUAGUUGUCCUUUACUACAUUCAAAAAAUGAUUUUUGCUGCUUGUUCAAACUAUUUAUUUAAAAUGAGCAACACAAUUCUUAAAGGUCACCUAUUUUACCCCUUUUACAAGAUGUAAGAUUAGCCUUUGAUGUCUCCACAAUGUGUUUAAGUUCAACUUAAAAUACCCAUCAGAUUAUUUAUUAUAGCCUCCAGAAUCUGCCCAUUUUGGAGUCUGAAUACAUUGUAGCUGUGUUCUGUAGCCUGUGGCUUUAAAUGUAAAUGAGCUGCUUCUCCCCGCCCACCGUUUCCACAUGCUUGUCUGGUUCUUAUGCUUUUCGUCAGAUAAACAGCAGUCAGUGACAGACUCGGAUGAAGCUGAAAUACAGCUCAAAAAUACCAAGGAAGUUUUUUAUGUAUUUGUGAAAGAGUUUAUUUAAGCCUUUCUGAAAUGAUGAGUCUCACACAAAUGCCGUUUGCAGUACGAACUAGAGGUCUGCAUUCCCGACCAGGACCCAACCAGAUUUCUUGCAGCGUGGGAAUAAAUUUCCAAAUAAAACGUGGUAGUGGUCGGUAACUCUGGUCUAAUUUAAACGGGAGCGGGCAGCCUAACUAUAUGGCGCUCCCGAAAGAUAGAUGGAGAGAGAGAGAGAGAGAGUGUGAGAGCGCGCAUCCGCCAUUGUGCUGUGUGUGUGUGUUAGUGAAUGAGAAAGAGCGCAUCCCAGUAUAUACCUGCUGUGUGUAUAGAAAUAAUGCUGAUAUGAUAUAUGCAAUACAAUCGGUAGUUAGCACAUAUAUUGAGUGGAUAUGUUUGUAAAUCUGACUUUGAAAGAGUCAGUGCCUCACCAGCCACAAACCUCACUGCAGGUCACUGUUUAAGGCGGCACUCAUGUCACAAAUGUCACAAAACUGACAUUUAGCGUACAAUCUUUGCACAACCUGCAGUUUUAUCUGUUAUCUCUCUCUUUUGGUAGCACCCAAUUUUAACGUGAGAUUUUGGAAACCAGAUGUAAAUUUAGCGGGAACGGGCGGGUCGGGCAGCGGGUGAACAAAGGCUGAAUAUACAGCGGGAGCGGUCAAGUACGGAAUAAAACCUGGCAGGAGCGGGCGGUAGCGGGACUAAAGUUUCAGUCCCACACAGACCUCUAGUACACACACACAUAUUAGUAUUUACUGACACUAUGCGGCCAUGGUGAUUACAUAAAUAUUUAUAUAUUGUAUAUAUCUAUGGUGGUGAUUAUAGCGGUUAAGAAUAUCAUAAUGAUUUUACUGUCUUUAUUACAAACAUGCUCUGUUUUAAAAACAUUUUAAAUUUAUAAAACUAAAAUCACAAAGAGUUGUAACAAAUAUUUUAAUCCCAGUUUAUUUGCAAAAAAAAUGUUCUGUGUACACGUGUACAUGUUAUUAUAGAAACAUGGCGCCUGUCAAUCACUUCGGUGGGCGGGGAAAACCACACUCCUACGUCAUGUUGCGGUGGCCCUCAGAUUCACUGGGAUUUGGGUCCUAUUUUAAUGUCAGGAAAGUAAAAAAAGAGACUUGUUGGGUUUUAAUCACUCCAAUAUGCCUGUGGACAUGCUAUAUAUAUAUACGGUUCUGUCCAAACAGCUUCCAAAAGAUGAUUUUUAUGAUAGGUGCCCUUUAAAGAGCCCAUAUUAUGGGUUUUUGAAAAUGCCCUUCCAUGUAGUGUGUAACACAGCUCUAAGUGAAGUGAAAUAUCCAGCUAAGGCUUAAAUCUGUAAGUGUACAGUGUUUAAAACUAUUGAUUCAUCUAUAAAAGAGUCGACUCAUAGUGCUUCAAACGAGUCGCCUUGAUAACGAGUCAUUAGGUGUUUCGCGAUGACGCAGCCACGAAACACAAGCCUCGCCAGUAGUUACGCGCGCAAACCAGGGAGAUUUGAAACCUGCGGCCCCGCCCACUAACACAGAAAAAACACUAGACACACACACACAGACGCCGCCGGUCCAAUGAAGUCACGCUGUGCUCAGAUGGAUAAUAUUGACAGUCUCUACCCAAAGAUGAGUUGUUAACCUGGUACAGUACACGCGGUUACUCUUUAUAUUCUCUUAUCACAUGUAAGCCACGUUAAAAACGCGACGCGUGCCGCUUUGUUUACGGAUUUAACGUUAAAGGCUUUUGUGAGCUCGCGUUCCACUGCCGUUUGUCGUUGCUAUGGCGAUCGAUCGUAAGCUAGGAGACUUGUGUCACUUUCCCUAGUUCUUCUGAGGAGCGUUGUGUGUGUGUGUGUGUGUGAGAGAGAGAGAGAGAGAGAGAGAGAGAGAGAGAGAGAGAGAGAGAGAGACUCGCGUCGCUUUCCCUAGUUCUUCUGAGGAGCGUUGUGUGUGUGUGUGUGUGUGUGAGAGAGAGAGACUCGCGUCGCUUUCCCUAGUUUUUCUGAGGAGCGUUGUGUGUGUGUGAGAGAGAGAGAGAGAGAGAGAGAGAGAGAGAGAGAGAGACUCGCGUCGCUUUCCCUAGUUCUUCUGAGGAGCGUUGUGUGUGUGUGUGAGAGAGAGAGAGACUCGCGUCGCUUUCCCUAGUUCUUCUGAGGAGCGUUGUGUGUGUGUGUGAGAGAGAGAGAGGGAGAGGGAGAGAGAGAGAGAGAGACUCGCGUCGAUCUCCCCAGUUCUUCUGAGGAGGGUUGUGUGUGUGUGAAAAAAGCCUUACACUAUGAAGCGCGUGUGCACUGUGACUACUUUUAUAUAGUUGAUUACCAGCUGGGCAUUUCACUCUGUCUCGUGCUAACGCCUGUCACUGUCGACCAAUCGCAGCAGGCUGUCAUCGGUCCAAUCAGCGCAGAUUAGCUUCGCGCUGAGGAGGGGGUUGGGAACAAAUGAAUCGCUGAACGAUUCAUAUGGGAGUCGUUGGGAUAAUUAGGUAAAAAUAAAUGCAGGUUAUAAGACCAUCAAAGUGUUUUAUGACCUUGCAUGCAUAUUAGACUGUUGUUGGAGACCCUUACAACCUAAAUAUGACCCUAUUUCAUGUAUAAUAUGGGCUCUUUAAGAUUUAGUUUGGGGAAACUUAAAUAUUUUAUGUUCAAUUUGUUUUGUUUUCUUGAUUUAUUUGUGUUGGGACAACAUGAAUGAAGUGUGUAUUCACAGUGUAUUUGACUUUCAUUUUCUGUUAAACACAAAAGAAGAUAUUUUGAAAAAUGCUGUUGCCUUCCAUAGUAAUUUUGUGCCUUAAGUAACCAGCAUUCUUUUAAAUAUCGUCUUUUGUGUUUAGCAGAGGAAAGAAAGUCAUGAAGGUUUAAAACCACAUGAGGGAGAGUAAAUGAUGAAGUCAUUGUCUAUUAUUUUUGGGAGAACUGUCCCUUUAAGGAAAGACACAGCAGGCGAAAAGGGUAAAAAUGUACUAAAACUUGCCAUACCUCUUCAGUUGAUUGAUUACAUUAAGAAUUGCAAACCUUUUGUGUACAAGUUUUGUAAACUAAAUCUAAAUAUUCAAUUUUAAUUAAUUAUGCACUCAUUUGCAUACAUUUCUAGCCUAUUGACGUCAUUUGUAAUGUGUUUACUUUCCAUACUUUUCAGUUACAAGAGUGUGUAAAUGUGUCUACAGAGGGGAUUUUGGGAAUCUCUUUUAUCACUCCAUGUUUUAGAAAGUACUUACAGCCAGAAACAAAGAUUUGACUAUUAAAAUGGUUGUAUACAGGUGAAGUCAGAGUUUUUAUCCCUCCUGAAUUAUUAGCCCCCCUGUAUAUUUUUCCCCAGUACAGAUAUAUGCAUAUACACACACAAAAACUGUGAAAUGAGGUGCAUGUAAAUGCAGCUGAAGUACAUAUUUCUAGUCGGUUGCAGGAGUGAAAAUGGCCUUCUCAAAACUGACAUGUUUAUUUCUUGCAGUGUCUCACCUUAAAGGGACAGUUCACCCAAAAACAAUUUACUCACACUCAAGUAGUUCUAAACUUGGAAUCUGUUUCUUCUGUUGAACACAAAAUAAGAUAUUCUGAAGAAUGUUGGGGGGAAAACGAUCAUUACCAGAACCUAAAGGAAGACAAUGGCUGUUUUUCCCAAACAUCUUCCUUCCUGUUCACCAAAAGAAUGAAACUCCAGCAGGUUUGAAACAAAUGGAGGAUGAGUAAAUGAUGAUAGGUUUUUCAUUUUAGGGUGAACUGCCCCUUUAGGAAUCUUCAUUGUAGCAGUAGAUAUGAUAAGUCUGCUUGUACACAAUCUGAUGAUGCAGCUGUCGUAUGAAUAUUGACAGACAGACUCACAGCCAAUCACAAUUUGAUCAUGCCGAAAUCUCAAAUAAAUCAACAUACAUGCAUACUUGUGUUCAUAAUGUACUCCCUAUAGUUCCCUUUGGAAGGUGUUUUUGUAUUUGGUCUGUUACUGUAUUCAGUGCUAGCACUCCAUCCAUCUUUUACUAAAUGUGAACAAUGCUGUAACUGCAGAUGGAAUGAUUGUACUACGCACAUUUCUCUGGUAUUGUAUUUUACCUGGUGUAUGUAUUUAUCUUAAGGGCUAAUGAAUAAAAAGUAUUUAAGAUUGCUCA